AAGAAAAUAGGAUUAAAUUGGGAGAGUAGGUGAACUAAACCGAAAGAUAUGUUCGUUGGUGCGUGCGACAAAAUACGAUUUCUCUUGGGAGCAAGCGACUUCCAUGAAAAAUAUGCAAUAAAAUUUGGGAGUUGGAGGAAUAUUAUUACCACCUGGACGACUCGGCGGAUAUCCCAAUGCUGAUCUUCCCUCGUAGUCCAACAACCCUUUCAAAACCCCAUUCCUUUUUUCGAACAUGAGCGACAUUUCUACCUCCUCCUCCUCCUCCUCGACAACACCGUUGCUCCAUUCACUUCCUGUGGUUUUCGAAUUUGGAUGAGAUCCCUCCCUGCCUGCUUUCUCAAGAGUUUAGCGUUGGAUGAGAUCCAUACUGGCUCUUUUCUCCCUAUAACUUUGACGUAUCCUAGUAAGUUUCUAAAACAGAAAUCUUUCUUUUCUGGGUAUUGUUUCUCGUCUAGUAGAAAGAAAUGGAGGAACCCAUUUUCUCAGAUUAGGUGUUCGUCGGCUACGGAACGAGGGCUAAAACCGCGGCCGGAGAUGAAACCUUUAAAAACAACGGAUAUGGCUAAAACCCAGAUCCGGAAUUCAUGUACUGGACUUUGUAGUCAGAUAGAGAAAUUGGUUCUGAAUAAAAGGCACAAAGAGGCUCUUGAAUUGUUCGAGAUUUUGGAGUUUGAAGGUGGUUUUGAUGUGGGCAAUAGCACUUUCGAUGCAUUAGUGAGUGCUUGCAUUGGUUUGAAAUCUAUUAGGGGAGUGAAGAGGUUGUUCAAUUAUUUGGAGAGUAGUGGGUUUGAGCAGGAUCAGUACAUGAGGAACAGGGUACUGCUUAUGCAUGUGAAGUGCGGCAUGAUGAUUGACGCGCGUAAGUUAUUUGUUGAAAUGCCGGAGAAGAACUUGGUUUCAUGGAACACGAUAAUAUCUGGGCUUGUGGAUUCUGGAGAUUACAUGGAGGCUUUCCAGUUGUUUCUAAUGAUGUGGCACGAGUUUUCAGAUGCUGGAUUGCGCACAUUUGCCACAAUGAUCCGAGCAUCAGCUGGGUUGGGACUUGUCUCUGCUGGAAGACAGUUUCAUUCAUGUGCUUUAAAGAUGGGUAUAGGCCAAAAUAUUUUUUUGACUUGUGCACUUAUUGACAUGUAUAGUAAGUGUGGAUGCAUUGAAGAUGCUCAAUAUGUUUUUGAUGAGAUGCCAGAGAAGACAACAGUAGGAUGGAAUUCUAUAAUAGCAGGUUAUGCACUUCAUGGCUAUAGUGAGGAAGCACUGAGCAUGUACUAUGAGAUGCGAAAUUCCGGUGUCAAAAUGGAUCAUUUCACCUUUUCUAUUAUCAUAAGAAUCUGUACGAGAUUAGCUUCAAUAGAGCAUGCAAAGCAAGCUCAUGCAGGCUUAGUUCGCCAUGGAUUUGGAUUAGAUAUAGUGGCAAACACAGCACUUGUGGACUUCUAUAGCAAAUGGGGAAGAAUAGAAGAUGCUCAACAUGUUUUUGACAAGAUGCCUAACAAGAAUACUAUCUCUUGGAAUUCCUUGAUUGCUGGAUAUGGUAAUCAUGGUCGGGGUGAAGAAGCUGUUGAGUUGUUCGAGAAGAUGCUUCAGGAACAAAUGAAGCCUAACCAUGUGACAUUUCUUGCCGUGUUGUCAGCUUGUAGCUAUUCAGGGUUAUCAGAACGUGGGUGGGAGAUCUUUGAGUCAAUGAGUAGGGAUCACAAGAUUAGGCCUCGUGCAAUGCAUUAUACAUGCAUGAUUGAAUUACUAGGUCGGGAAGGGCUUUUAGAUGAAGCAUUUGAUCUCAUAAGAACAGCACCCUUUAAACCCACUGCUAACAUGUGGGCUGCCUUACUUAGAGCUUGUCGGGUCAAUGAGAAUUUAGAGCUUGGUGAAUUUGCGGCUGAAAAACUUUAUGGAAUGGAGGCUGAAAAGCUAAGUAAUUACAUUGUUCUUUUGAAUAUAUACUACAAUUCAGGCAAGUUGAACGAAGCUGCUGCUGUUAUUCAGACUUUAAAAAGAAAGGGUUUGAGAAUGCACAAGGCAUGUAGUUGGAUCGAAGUGAACAAGGAGCCUCAUGUUUUCUAUUCUGAAGAUAGAACUCAUCCCCAAGCAGAAAAGAUAUACCACAAAGUGGAUGACUUGAUGGACAAGAUUUCAAAACAAGGGUAUGUUCAUGAGGAGAAGUCUCUGCUUCCGGAUGUGGAUGAGAAGGAAGAGGAAAUUUCGCUUUACCACAGCGAGAAAAUGGCGAUAGCUUAUGGACUUCUCAGCACUUUAGAUGGGACACCGCUACAAGUAGUGCAGAGCCAUCGGGUUUGUGGUGACUGCCAUUCUGCUAUCAAGUUAAUAGCUUUGGUCACUGGACGGGAAAUUAUCUUGAGGGAUGGGAGCAGGUUUCAUCGCUUCAAAGAUGGAAGUUGUUCAUGUGGGGAUUAUUGGUGAUGGCGAAAUAUUUUAUGGGCCAGAGAAUUUUAUUAGCUGAUAACAUAUUUAGAUCCUUCUUUUUCCUUUUGAUAAAUUACACCUGGGAAUAUUAUAAUGUAGUAAUAAGUUGUAGUAAUUCUUUUGGGGUUGUUAAUAAAAUUUACGGUUCUUUUUA